UGACGUCAUACGCCUCCGACGGCGGCGCUGUACGGUUGGCGCGGCUCAGAAACAAACAGUACAGCUUCCUGGUCUUUCUGGGCACGGUACCGGAGGCUGCAGCGGGUCCUCAGACUGGUUCUGAUCCGGGUUCAGUGUUUGAUGUCUUCGGCUUACUGUGAAUCUGAGUGGACCAGUGAUGCAGCCUGGGUCAGAUCCUCCAGGACAUGGACUGAAGUCAGUCAGAAGAUCUCCUCGUCUGUCCCCUCAGGGCGGCAGCAGUGAAGGAGCACAGGGGAGGGAAGGAGGAAACAGCCUGCAGGAGGUGAAGAGGAGAGGAAGGAUGGAAAGGACCAGAGAGGAGCGAGAAGAUGAGCUGAGCGGCAGGUUGAAGACACUGGAUCUGUCCAGCAGGUCAGCAGCCAGUGGAACGGGUCUGGUUUACUCGGAGAUCUUCACUCACCAUAAGAACGAGUGGGACCUCAGUCAUCCAGAGUGUCCGGACAGAGUCACGGCCAUCAUGAAGGAGCUGGAGAGACAAGAGCUGCUGCCUCUCUGCGUCAGAGUCGAGCCCAGAGAAGCUACAGAGGAAGAGCUGCUGCUGGCUCACAUGAAACAGUAUGUGGACAUGAUGAGGUUGACUCAGACGAUGACACUGGCUGAACUCCAAACCCUGUCCGACAAAUAUGACUCCAUUUACCUCCAUCCAGAGUCCUUCCAGGUGUCUGUUAGAGCUGUGGGUGCAGUCCUCCAGCUGGUCGAUCAGGUCAUGACCUCUGAGCUCAGGAACGGAUUUGCCGUCAUCAGACCUCCGGGUCAUCACGCUCAGGCCAACGAGUGCAACGGUUACUCCAUCUUCAACAACGUGGGGAUUGCAGCUCGAUACGCUCAGACCAGACAUGCUGUCAGCAGGGUGUUGAUAGUGGACUGGGAUGUUCAUCACGGGCAGGGCAUCCAGUACCAGUUCCAGGAUGAUCCCAGUGUCAUGUACUUCAGCGUACACAGGUAUGAGCACGGUUCUUUCUGGCCUCACCUGCCAGAGUCUGGCAGCCAUUUUGUUGGCAGCGGACAAGCUGAAGGAAGAAACAUCAACCUGCCCUGGAACCAGACGGGGAUGACCGACGCUGAUUACGUUGCUGCUUUUCAACAAGUACUGCUGCCCGUAGCCUACGAGUUUCAGCCUCAGUUGGUUCUUGUCUGUGCUGGAUUUGAUGCUGCAGUCGGAGAUCUGAAGGGGGAGAUGUGUGUGAGUCCUCAGUGUUUCCAAGUUCUGACUCACAUGUUGAUGAGUUUGGCAGAAGGUCGACUUGUUCUCGCUCUCGAGGGGGGUUACAACCUGGAGUCCACAGCUGAGAGUGCUGCAGCCUGCAUCAGAGCUCUGCUGGGUGGAGCAUGCCCUCCUCUAACUCCACCCACUGCUCCAUCUGAGAGUGCUCUGCAGUCCAUCUCUGAGACCAUCUCAGCUCUGUAUCCACACUGGGCCUCUCUGCAAGUUCUGGAAGGUGGGGCAUCAGCUGAGGGCCGUGCCAUCAGCACGCCAACCAAUCAGAAGAAUACGAUCAAGCCGGACCUGGCUCCCUCUGUUGCCACAACAACAGGUCUGGUUUAUGAUGAGAGGAUGAUGGAGCAUUCAAACUUGUGGGACAGACAUCACCCGGAGCAGCCUCAGCGAAUCUUUAAGAUCUUCUCCAAACAUCAGCAGCUGGGAUUGGUCGAUCGCUGCCAGCGGAUACCAGCUCGCUUGGCGACAGAGGAGGAGCUGUCUUUGUGUCACAGCGUGCAGCACAUCCAGCAGAUGAAAGCCACCGCGGCCAUGAAGCCCAGAGAGCUGCACAAACUGGGAGACGAGUUUGUCUCCAUUUACCUCAAUCAGCAGAGCUUCCAGUGUGCACAGCUGGCAGCUGGAAGCUGCCUCAACGCCUUGGACCAGAUCCUGAGUGGCCAGGUGACUAAUGCCGUGGCCAUCGUCCGUCCUCCUGGCCAUCACGCUGAGAGAGACUAUCCUUGUGGCUUCUGUUUAUUCAACUCGGCAGCUCUCGCUACUCGCUAUGCCAAGAAAAUUUCCCACGAUGACCAGCUGAGAAUCCUCAUCCUAGACUGGGAUGUUCACCACGGCAAUGGGACGCAGCAUAUGUUUGAAGACGAUGACAGUGUCCUCUACGUCUCCCUCCACCGCUACGACGACGGCACAUUCUUUCCAUCCUCGGAGGAUGCUGCGCCCGACAAGGUGGGCGUGGCCAAGGGGGCAGGGUUUAACGUCAAUGUGGCAUGGAGUGGAGGAAGGAUGGGUGACUCCGACUACCUUGCUGCUUUUCACCGAGUUGUCAUGCCCAUCGCCACUGAGUUUAACCCCAGUCUGGUUCUGGUGUCGGCCGGGUUUGACGCAGCUCGGGGGGAUCCACUGGGCGGCUACAAUGUGACUCCGGAAGGAUACGCUCACCUCACUCAUAUGCUGAUGUCACUGGCUGGGGGGCGGGUCCUGGUCAUACUGGAGGGAGGUUACAACUUGUCCUCCAUCUCUGACUCCAUGGCGAUGUGCACCAGUGUGUUGCUAGGAGACCCCCCUCCUGCCUUGGUGACACCCCUCCCACCUCCUCACCACAAUGCCGUGGCAACGAUAAACGAGGUCAUCCGAUAUCACGCCCCCUAUUGGAGGUCCCUGAGGAUACACAUUCCAGAGUCUGUCCAGGCGUCCCUGCCCUUCCUGAAGCAUCGUGGGAAACGCAGUUCUAAAGGAAAAGGCAGGAAGUCAGAGCAGAGCAGCAACGACAAACCACCGCUGCCCCCUGCAGGACUGGAUGACUCCACGACGGAGAGCAGUCUGGAGCAGCUCACUCAGGGAUUGGCCAGUUUGGACAUCGGUCAGACUUCAGCCAAUCCUGCAUCCUCUCCAGUGGGAGGAGCAAGGCCAAAGGUCCCCCUGACCUCAGAGAAACUAACCUGUGAAGGAGAAGCGAAGGACGAGCCAGGUGGCACUACACCUGAGCGCAGAGAAUCAGCAGAGAGGAUGCCGUCUCAGCCUGUUGCCAUGGCAGCACCAGAGUCGGUUGCAGAUGGAAACGAGGCUGGAGUUGGGGCGGAGUCAGAGCCUGAGGGAGCGUGUGGUUGGUCAAAGCCUCAGACGUCCCUGGAGCUGAUGUGUGGUGCCGACAUAGAUGGAUCAGCUCUGCAUGUGGUGACCCCUCUCUCCUGGUGUCCUCACCUGGAUGCUGUUAAGCCCCUUCCCUCCUUGGGUAUAAACGUCUUCUUGCCGUGUAAGGACUGUGGCUCUGAGGCUGAGAACUGGAUCUGUCUCACCUGCUACCAGGUGUUCUGUGGUCGCUACGUGAACGAGCACAUGGUGAAUCACGGCGUCGUGUCUGAACAUCCGCUGGUUCUCAGUUUCUGCGAUCUCUCUGUGUGGUGCUACCUGUGUGAGGCCUACGUACACAACCAGGUUCUGUAUGAAGCUAAAAACGCUGCUCACUGCGCCAAGUUUGGAGAGGAGAUCCCCCCCUGGAGCUGAGCGGAGGACUCUGUAAAACCUCACAGCUGCGUUUGUUUCUCUUUUUUUUCCCUUCUGGCUGUCUUCCUUCACUGUGAUUGGAUAGUUUGGUGCAUUGCUAUGGAUACCAGCAGCAGUGGUGCUUCGUGGGGAAACGCCGUUAAAUCGAGCAGCUUUGUACGGCGACCCACAACUGUUAAAACACAUGCAGAAAAAGCCUAACAAAAAGCAACACACACACACACACAACAGGCAAAAGAUGUUUUUAUUAUUUUGUUUUACUUCAGAUCAGCGGUGAUCUUCAUCCUCAUCUUCAUCAGCAGGUUGUUGGUUCUAUUUCCUGAAAAUGUGACCAAAUACCAGCAAACUCUGGACGCUUUUAUUUCCAGAGUAUAAAAAUCCUGAGCAGAAGCAGCUGAUGAAGCAAAAAGGAAGACAGCUGUUUUCAGGGUCACGGGAAGCUCAGGAGGACUUCACUGUAAAAUCAUAGUGGUGAUGAUGUCAUCAAGAGACCACGCCCUUCCAGACAGCAUCGCAAUAAUGACAUUUUUGAUAUAAUUUCAUUCAGUUUUGGUUCGCUCGUCUUUCAGUGUUAAACAUUUGUUGUAAUGUUCCUUUAACAAACUGAGUGAUUGCCAAAAUGUGACUGACGGCGUGACACAACCACAUUUUUAGAGGGUAAAUUUCUUUUACCCUCUAAAAAUGUGGUUGUGUCACGCCGUCAGUCACAUUUUGGCAAUUUUAGAUGAAGUCAAACUUUUUCUCUUUCCAGCUGAAAUGUUGCAGCAAAAAAUCACUUUGAUUUAAUUGAUUUGUUUGGUUCUGUAAUAUAAAAAAAAAAAAUCACUUUUCUGAAGGAAACGAUCUGAAGAGAAAACGGAUCAAUCGACUGUUAAAUGUUUCCCAGUUGCUUUUCUUGCCAGAUCAGCGGAUUUCUGUGUGCUGUGCAAUAAGACUCAGAUUGUCAGCCAGUUCUUAAACUCUUUGUUUCUAUUAAACUGUUUGUUUGCACCUAAUCAGACUGGAUCAGUAUUCAUGAUCAAUAUUCAGUGUCUGAGUUUCUGUAGUUUGUGGAGAGAAAAAUCAGAAAGAAGCAAAGAAAAUAAAGCAAACAUCUCAUUUUC